AUGUCCAAUAUACUAAUACAGGCUACCGAAGUUCUUGACCACAUCUUCGACGAAAUAGACCGACGCGAAGACCUGCUUUCGUUCGCAUUAACAUGCGCGCGCCUCCGCGAUAUCAUCAUCGCCUCGCACCUCCCAUACCGCCGAGUCGUCAUUUCAAUGUAUUUCCAACCGUUCUUCGACCUCAUCAAGGCCAGGCAGGAUCUUGCGGGGCGUGUGCGCGAGCUGACACUCGUCAAUCUUCACCCACAAGUCGUUGUUCCCCGCGCGCACGCCUUCCGUAGGGACUUUCCCGCGUCACGCUUACUCUUCGCGUCCGGUUACGAUGACGAGUUUUUGUACAACGGAAACUAUGAAACGCGGGCCAGGCUACCGUUCGACAUCCGCACCACGCUCGACGACGCCCUCAUGUACCUCCCUCGAUUGCGUUGCCUACAGUUUCGUGGAGACACUGGGAAACUUCCGCUGGAGCGCAUCAUAACAACCCAUCAUGAUCUGCUCGAAGGUUUCUCUCUGGACGGAAGCUACUUGGUCCGCGCCCCGGGAGACACUCCAUUCCCGCUACUAACUUCGGACUUAUGGACGAUGGCAGGGCUACGCACCUUAGAACUAUCUAUGACGCUGAAUUUCUCGUAUUGGAACCCGUUUUGUGAUGUUCUGGGUCGUUCUCCAAUGCUAGAGACGCUUUCCGUUCCGCUCUUCAGCCACUCGAUAGAUGAUGGUCUCCAUCACAUCCCACAACUGUCGUAUCUCCGACACGUAUCGGUACACAAUCUUGCUCGUGACGGCGACGACGUUAUAUCCCAACGCAUAUACGAUUUCUUGAAUGGCCACCGGUCCAUUGAAGAGUUGAGUUGGCAGUCGAGUGUUUCAGUAGUUCCACUGAGGGUUCCACGAUUGCCAACAUUGAAGCGAAUGCUGAACAUGAGCCACGUACAUGCAUUAGCCUGCAGACCCUCCGAUCGUAGCAACCGCCGUGUUCUCACCAAGACUCUAGAGACCAUCUCACUCGCGAUGAUCUUCCUUCGCAACGACGAUCCGGCCCUCGAGUGGACCUGGAAAACCGUGUGCCUUGCCUUCCCAACAUCUUUGCGCUCCCUGCACAUUGUGCAUACCGCGUUCGAGAGCUAUGCCAUGUUGGAUGCGCUCUGUAGAUCGUUCCCCGGGCUUGAGGAACUCUACUUACCGGACCAGGGCUCGCCUUACAGGAUUCAAGUCGCGGAGGCGGUGGCACGCACUUAUCAAUCCCAUCACCCGCUACAAAUAUCGAUGGUGAACAGAUGCCCGCCUAUCACGGAGAUAAUGGAGAGGUUCCCCAGGCUAUCAUCCGUGGCGGGUGUAGACAUAGGGAUGGACGUCCAAACCCAACGUAUGAGGGCCUAUCAUACUUCUACCACAGGAACCAUCCCGACAUACAUCAACAUGGGCAUGUUCCACGACGUAGUGCGUAGUCUCGUCAGUUUGCGCGAGCGAUACCCGCGUCUUCGCUCGGUCAACGGGUGGCAUCUGGAUACCGAUCUCGCACGGGAGGUCAUCAUGGGCGUACAUCCUGGCUCGAUGACAUACAGAGACGGGAUAGGCGUCCAGGUAGUGCUGACACGCGAAAGCAUCUGUGUACGCUAUUCAGGUCCGUCAUCCGGUUCUCUACCAGUGCCGCUGCAGUUCAACCGUCCCCGCCCUAUACCACGAACAUAUUACCGGAACGGAUAUUAG